AUGGAUCAUAUUGCAAUAGGUCUAAUCUUCUAUUACUCGGCCCAUGUAAAUAUUUUGGUAAGCUCAUUAAAAAGCAAAACCCUAAUAAGGGAAAAAGAAAAAGCAUCUCCUCGUCUCGUCCCGACAAAAGCCUUCAGGAACAAGUCGGUCUCUCUCUCACCAGCUUCCGUUGAAAUUAUAAAAAAAAAGAUGGAUUUCUCAUCACCGUCGCCGCCAAUGGGUAGUAGUAAAUCACCGGAAGCAAUAAUGGAACAGAUUCAGGCGAGUCUAGCGCAAGAGUACGCGAAGGAGUUCAUCGAGACAUUGAGAGUUAAAUGCUUCGAGAAAUGCAUAACGAAGCCAGGGUCAAGCCUUAGCAGCGGCGAGAGUAGCUGCAUCUCUAGAUGCGUUGAUCGUUACAUGGAAGCUCAAGGAAUCAUUAGCCGUUCUCUCUUCUCCCAACAACGUUGAUCAACGCUCUUCUUUUAUGAACAAGAAGAAGAAAAGAUAUUGUUUUACUUUUGUCUGAGUCUUUUGUCAUUAAAGACAAUCAUCAGGUUUGGUUUCUUUUUAAUGGUUUUGAAGAUUUAUAUGCUUAUUAACUUUAUUAUUACUGUGUUGACAAUUAAAUAAUAAACUGUGAUGCCAUUCUUGAUUUUGAAUUUGUUUUGUUUUUUUGUUGGUGUUAAUCAAUAAUCAAUCAAUGAUAUGAGAUUGUUUAGCAGGAA